AUGCAGCAACCAGGGGCUGAAGCCCCGAUCCCAGAUCAGCCGGGAACUCCACCUCGCCCGCCCUACUCCCCGGUAACGCCCGUGUUUGCUCAUCUCGUGCCAGUCGCCUCCAACGAGCCAUCGAUCGUCCCGCCACCCGCAUCUCCCUCUCCAACAUCACACCUCCCUCCACAAUAUGGCAACUAUUCAAAUCCCCCUCCUCCGCCCAAUCUACCCGUCUUCAAGCCCCAACCGCCCCCUAUCCCUAUCUCCGAGAGCGAGAAUCCAGAUGCCAUCGCGCUCCGUUCCGCCAUCUCGAUUCUGCAAAUGCAGAAGCAGCAAAGUUUGCGCGAUAUCCAGGCAUUGGAUCGCAUGAAAGAGGCCGCCGCUGCUGAUCCAGAGGGGUUUGCGCACGAGCUCGCAGCAGGUCGGCUGAAGACCCAGGACCACGGCGCUGUGAUUCAGUUCUCGGAGGACGAUGCGGACGACGAAGAGAAUGAAGACGGUUCAAAACGCACGAAUCCGGACGGCUCACCAGCUUCGAAUUUCGGCCAUAUCCCUGUUCCGCAGAAUAUCGUCCGCAUGCCCCCAAUCAACUGGGCUAAGUAUCAGGUUGUUGGAGAGCCGCUUGAUCGCAUGCACGAGGAGCAGUUACACCGACCGAGCUCUGGGGAGCCUCGACGAGGACGCGCGCCGGAGCAUGUCCUGGCAUCGCCGUAUCGGCCGUUUGUAGAUCACUUGGAGGGACCGUCGAGACUCGGCCGUCCUAGCAAGACGAAGAAGACUUGA